GAGUAAUGAGGCUGAAACUGAAAAGGGCGGGCUGACUGUCACACCGGAUUUCAGUACAACAUACAUACUCACUCUUGCGCCGUUCACCGGCGAAAAUACUUUGAGAUGUCCACUUUGCUCAGAACUAAACUCCGAUCUCUUUCAACUGUUCAUUUAUUGCGAAAUCUACGCUCUUUCUCCUCUUUUGACGAUGCCCUAGGUCAUUCCAAUUUCCCUCCCGAACCUAUUCCCGACAGGCCUUUGCGAAAGCAUUCUCGAUUCCCAAAUUCUCGCGGUGUUCGUGAAAAUGAAAACCCAAAUUCGUUUAAGGCCGAAACUGAUGCUGAUUUUCUGGAAAAAUUCAAACUUGGCUUUGAUCGGAAAUCGGAAACCCUUACAACCGACUCAAUAAAUAAAAGUAUUCAGCCCGAGAAAAAAGAGAAUGUGGAGCCUAUAUCGCCUCCAGAGGAUGCUGAUGAGAUAUUUAAGAAGAUGAAAGAGACGGGGUUGAUUCCUAAUGCGGUGGCUAUGCUUGAUGGUUUAUGCAAAGAUGGGCUGGUGCAAGAGGCAAUGAAGCUGUUUGGGUUAAUGCGUGAGAAGGGCACCAUUCCGGAGGUGGUCGUUUACACUGCUGUGGUAGAUGGAUUUUGCAAGGCACACAAGUUAGAAGAUGCAGUAAGGAUUUUUAAGAAAAUGCAGAGUAAUGGGAUCGUUCCGAAUGCGUUCAGUUAUCAGGUGUUGAUUAGGGGGCUAUGCAGUGGGAAUAGGUUGGACGAUGUGUAUGGGUUUACUAUUGAGAUGUUGGAGGCUGGGCAUUCCCCAAAUUUAGCAACUUUCACCGGAUUGGUUGAUGUAUAUUGCAGGGAGAAAGAUUUGGAAGAGGCUCAGAAUGUUAUCAAGGCAAUGAGGCACAAGGGAUUUUUCUUUGAGGAGAAAGCAGUUCGGGAGCAUUUAGACAAAAAGGGACCUUUCUUGCCUUUGGUCUGGGAGGCAAUCCUAGGGAAUAAGGCAUCCAAGCGGUCUCUGUUCUGAUGGAUUCUCUUUUUUCUUAAUCCAUAUCAGCAGUAUGUUUUUUAGUACUUUUUCCCUUUUCUUGAUUAAUAGGAAUAUGCAUUUGAAUUUGGAUUGUACUUGAAUGCCAUCCGUAUUACUUGGAUUAUCUUUUGGUGAUGGAAUUUAUCUGAAUGUGUUUUUCUCUGUAUGCUAUUGCUCUUUGUUUCUAUCUAGAUAUACAAACUUGAAU